CACCAGCAUACAUCAGUCGUUUUUUAAAAAUAUGAGGCAAAAUAUUUUGAAAAUUUGUUUAGUUGUAAGCCUGGCUGCAGUUACAUUAGCCACCCAUACUCCCCAGGUAUCCACCACAAUUUUGGAUGGAUUUCCCAAUGAUCUAAAUAUUCAUCCAUUUGUAAAUGUGGGCAACAAAUUGUAUCAUUUUGGACAAAGCAAGGUUACUUGGUACAAAGCUUUUCUGAUUUGCCGUUCCCUGGGUGGCUUCUUGGCCUCUUUCGAUAAUCAGCAAGAAUUGGCCGCCUUAUCCGAUUAUAUGGUUGGCAAAUAUCCCUUAGAUCGUUGGUGGUGGUUGUCGGGUUCUGAUCAGGAUUCCGAAGGUGAUUUCUAUUGGUAUCGCACUGGUGAACGUAUUAGUUAUGCCGAUUGGUCUGGUGGCCAACCCGAUAAUGCUGGUGGUCAUGAGAAUUGUGUUCAUUUGUGGUAUCAAAAUCCAAAGUAUCAAAUGAACGAUUGGAUGUGUAAUCAGCCGGCGUAUUAUGUGUGUGAAGCUGAUAAGCCAAAGACUAUAGCUGUUAGUGUGUUUUAGGGAGAAAGGUAUUGCAAAAAAAUAAUCAAGCAUUUUUCUUAAUUAAAUUUUUACUUAAAAUUCAUGACAGUAAGAAAA